AAUCAAACAUCGAUAAGUUUCAUUGACAAAAACAAAACCGGUAUUGUUUUGCCAUAUUAUUUUUGUUUGCCAAAAUGAGCGACACUCAGCAUUUAAGCACAGGUUCCAAAAAGCCCAUAUUCCCGGAUGAUGGGGUCUUGAAGUUGUAUUCGAUGCGCUUUUGCCCAUAUGCACAUCGUGUGCACUUGGUUUUGGACGCCAAGAACGUCCCACACCACGACACUUACAUCAAUCUUCGCGAGAAACCCGAGUGGUUCCUGCAGGUGAGCAGCUCCUCGAAAGUGCCGGCACUAGAGCUGGUCAAGGAACCGGGCAAUCCCGUGCUGAUCGAGUCACUCAUAAUUUGCGACUACCUGGACGAGAAGUAUCCGGAGGUGCCGCUGUAUCCCAAGGAUCCGCUGAAGAAGGCCCAGGAGAAGAUUCUGAUCGAGCGCUUCGGACAGUUUAUCACCGCCUUCUACCGUCUGGUGCUCCACGAAAAUCCCGCUCAGCUGCGCGACACUGAUCUCUAUGCCGGAUUGGACAUUUACGAAGAGGAGCUGGGCAAACGUGGAACAGAGUUUUUUGGCGGUUCUAAACCAGGAAUGCUGGACUAUAUGAUUUGGCCCUGGUGCGAACGUUUUGCCUCCUUGAAGUUCAGCAUGGGUGAUGGCUAUGAACUAAAUCCUGAACGUUUUGGCUCAUUGCUUAAGUGGCGCGACUUGAUGCUCCAGGAUAGAGCCGUUAAAUGUUUCUAUCUGGAUGGACAAACCCAUAAUAAAUACAUGAGUUCCCGCCGGGCGGGCAAUGCCGAUUACAAUAUGCUCUACAAUGAAGCCAAGCGUGCCAAAUUGGAGUAGUCAUAAUGAUAAUGGUUUAUACACCUCAACAUGUACAUAUUAUGAAGAUUGAUUUAAAAUUUACCCACAUAUACAUAAAGCAGCAUUAUUGUGAUUGGAAAAUAAAUACUCUAAUAUGCAAAGCAA